CUCUCUCUCACCCCCUCACGUCACGUUACAUACAUGAAUGGACGAGCACAUGGGGACACGUGGUGUCCAUCGCUUCGGAUGAAACUCCUUCGAUUCGGCUGCGGCGGCUCAUCGCCGGCGGACACGGCGGAGCAAUUCGUGAACAGGGUCGUCUCCGCCGUGCUCUCAAGGUCGACCCACUUGAACCAUCUGAAGCAAGUUCAGUCCUUUAUCAUCGCCGUCGGACUCGGGCGUUCGCCAUUCUUGUGCUUCAAGCUCAUCCGCUUCUGCACUCUCCGCCUCUGCAGUCUCUCAUACGCUCGUCUCGUCUUCGAUCACUUCUCUUCCCCAAACAUCUACCUUUACACUGCCGUGCUCACCGCUUAUUCGUCGUCUCUUCCUCACCAUGCUUCCUCUGCUUUCUCCUUGUUCCGGCUCAUGCUUCGUCGCAGUUCACCUCGUCCGAAUCAAUUCAUCUACCCACACGUUUUCAAGUGUACUCCUUAUCUCUCGUCCGCUUUCUCCACUCCUUUGGUGCAUACCCACUCGCUCAAGUCCGGGUUUCAUCUCUAUAUCGUCGUCCGAACUGCUAUGCUUCACUCUUAUGCUUCUUCAACUUCUCACAUACCGUUUGCUAGACAGCUGUUCGACGAAAUGUCUGACAGAAAUGUUGUCUCGUGGACAGCCAUGGUUUCUGGGUAUGCUCGGUCCGGAGAUAUCUCCAAUGCUCUCUCCCUUUUCCGUGAAAUGCCGGACCGUGAUAUUCCGUCCUGGAACGCGAUACUUGCGGCUUGUACCCAGAACGGGCUCUUCCCGGAAGCCAUCUCCCUCUUCAGAAGGAUGAUCAAGGAACCUCUUAUCCGUCCUAAUGCGGUGAGUUUGGUCUGUGUCCUCUCUGCCUGUGCCCAAACCGGCAUGCUCCAACUGGCCAGAGGAAUUCAUGCCUUCGUUUACCGUCACUCUCUUUCUCCUGAUCUCUUUGUUUCAAAUGCUUUGGUCGAUGUAUAUGGAAAAUGUGGCAACUUUGUCGAAGCAAACACUGUUUUUGGGAUGACAUCCAAGAAAAGUUCGACAGCUUGGAAUUCCAUGAUAAAUUGUUUUGCUCUCCAUGGUCGUAGCGAAGAAGCAAUUGCGGUGUUUGAGGAAAUGAUGAAGCUGAGUGACGAUGAUAUAAAGCCAGAUGGCAUUACCUUUAUCGGCCUUCUCAAUGCAUGUACACAUGCAGGAUUGGUAGAAAAUGGUUGUGCUUAUUUUGAUCUUAUGACAAACAAACUCGGUAUUGAACCAAGGAUUGAGCACUAUGGCUGCCUCAUCGAUCUUCUUGGCAGGGCUGGUAGAUUCGAUGAAGCCCUUGAAGUUAUAUCUGGGAUGUGGAUGGAACCUGACGAGGUUGUCUGGGGCUCAUUGCUCAAUGCUUGUAAAAUAUAUGGCCGCUUGGAUUUUGCUGAAGUUGCGGUUAAAAAUCUGGUGGCUUUACAGCCCAGCAAUGGAGGUUAUGUAGCCAUGAUGGCGAAUUUAUAUGGGGAGUUGGGGAAAUGGGAGGAGGCACACAGAGCUAGAAGGAUGAUUAAGGACCAAAAUGCUUGUAAAACACCGGGCUGUAGCUGGAUCGAGAUUGAUAACCGGGUUCAUCAGUUCUAUUCUCUUGACAAAUCACAUCCGAAGACUGAGGAGAUAUACUUCAUACUUGAGAGUUUAAUCUGUUUCGAAACGUUUGAAAGACCGUAACUUUCCACCAAAAGGCUUCAGCCUAUUCACUGGAACAGCUUUGCACUCUGCUCUCUAAUGGUCAUUGAAUUGGACAAGAACUGUCGGCAGCAAAGAAAUGGCACUGGAAGAGGAAGUGUUGGGGCUGAAAACUCGCAUCUUGGAACACCUUUGGAUCGAUUUUGGCAGAACUGUUCAGUGUUUGCAGGGGACAGUUGUUCAGGUUAAUUGUGAGGACGCCAUCUUCAAGCUUGGCCUUGACAGAAUCCAAAUCCACAUUGCCGGGCAAUCUGAAAUGUCUCCAGAAUUUUCCGUACGACCUCU